GAGGCCAGGCGGCGGCACAUCCGCCUGCACAUGGAAGGAGCGCUGACCGCCCGGGACAAGGUCGGGGUGCAGGACUUCGUGCUGCUGGACGCGCACACCAGCGAAUCGGCGUUCCUGGACAAUCUUCGCAAGCGUUUCAGGGAGAACCUCAUCUAUACAUACAUUGGCACCCUCCUUGUGUCCGUGAAUCCGUACCAGGAGCUGGGCAUCUACACCCUGAGCCAGAUGGAACUUUAUCAAGGGGUCAAUUUCUUUGAACUGCCACCACAUGUCUAUGCCAUAGCUGACAACGCUUACCGCAUGAUGUGCUCGGAGCGGACGAACCACCUCAUCCUCAUUUCUGGAGAGAGCGGGGCCGGGAAAACGGAGGCCUCCAAGAAGAUCCUCCAGUAUUUUGCAAUGACCUGCCCCAUGACCGACUCGCUAGAAGUCGCCCGGGACAGGCUGCUGCUCUCCAAUCCGGUGCUGGAGGCCUUUGGAAAUGCCAAGACGCUCCGGAAUGACAACUCCAGCAGAUUUGGAAAAUACAUGGACAUACAGUUUGACUUUAAGGGCAUUCCCAUCGGCGGGCAUAUCAUCGGGUACUUGAUAGAAAAGUCUCGAGUUGUCUAUCAAAACCACGGGGAGCGGAACUUCCACAUCUUCUACCAGCUGCUGGAGGGCGGCGAGGAGGGGCUGCUGGCCUACCUGGGGCUGGAGCGAGACCCCCAGCUGUACAGAUACCUCGCCCAGGCUCACGGUGCCAGCGAGUCGUCUAUGAAUGACAGGAACGACUGGAAAACCGUCUCCAAUGCCUUUGCUGUCAUCGAUUUUACUGAAGACGACCUGGAGAACCUCUUUGGAAUCAUUGCCAGCAUCCUGCACCUGGGGAACAUCUGCUUUAGAGAGAACCACCAGGGCUGUGCCACCAUACCAGUCAUCAGCGAGAUCAAGUGGAUCGCCAAGCUCCUGGGGGUCCAGCCGGCGGCCCUUCUGGAGGCUCUCACCCACAGGAAGAUUGAAGCCCAAACCGAGGAGGUGAUCUGCCCACUGACGCUAGAAAACUCUGUCUACGCCAGAGACGCGAUGGCGAAGGCCGUCUACGGGCGCACGUUCACGUGGCUGGUGAACAAAAUCAACUCCUCCUUAGAGAACAAGGAGUUCACCAAGAAGACCGUGAUCGGGUUGCUGGACAUCUACGGGUUCGAGGUCUUCGACAAGAACGGUUUUGAACAGUUCUGUAUAAAUUACUGCAAUGAGAAGCUUCAGCAGCUCUUAAUCGAGAGAACCCUGAAGGCGGAACAGGCGGAAUAUGAACUGGAAGGGAUCGAGUGGGAGCCGAUUCAGUAUUUCAACAACAAGAUCAUCUGCGACCUGGUUGAAGAAAGGCACAAAGGAAUCAUCUCCAUCCUGGAUGAAGAAUGUAUCCGUCCUGGUCCUGCUUCCGACUUGAGUUUCCUGGAGAAACUGGAAGAGAAAGUGGGGAAGCAUGCGCAUUUCCAAACCCGGAAGCUGGCGGGGCCAAAGGGCCGGAAGAGGAUUGGCUGGAUGGAGUUCCGGCUGUUCCACUACGCGGGAGAGGUCACCUACUGCACCAAAGGGUUCUUGGAAAAGAACAACGAUCUCCUCUACAGGCAUCUGAAAGAGGUGCUGUGCAGGUGCAGGAACGCCAUCCUGAAGGAGUGCUUCCUGGCGGCCGAGCUGGAGAACCGCAGGAGGUCGCCCACGGUGGGGACGCAGUUUAAGACCAGCCUGAGCAGCCUUCUGGAAAUCCUCAUCUCCAAGGAGCCCUCCUACAUCCGCUGCAUCAAGCCCAACGAGAGGAAGGAGCCCAGCAAGUUUGACGACUUCCUCAUCAGGCACCAGAUCAAGUACCUGGGGCUGAUGGAGCACCUGCGGGUGCGGCGGGCCGGCUUUGCGUACCGGCGGAAAUACGAGCAUUUCUUGCAAAGGUACAAGUCCCUGUGCCCAGACACCUGGCCGCACUGGCGCGGGCCUCCAGCAGAGGGCGUAGAGCGGCUGAUCAAAUACAUCGGCUACAAACCGGAGGAGUACAAGUUGGGGAGAACCAAGAUAUUCAUUCGCUUCCCCAGAACUCUGUUUGCCACGGAAGAUGCCUUUGAAUUUAGUAAACAUCAAUUAGUGGCGAGGAUUCAAGCCACGUACAAAGCCUGCCUAGAGAGGAGAGUCUACGUGAGAAAAAGACAAGCAGCCAUCAAACUCGAAACCCACUGGCGUGGAGCCCUGGCCCGGAAGGAGGUCGAGAGGAGAAAGUGGGCUGUGCUCAUUAUCAGGAGGUUCAUCAAGGGCUUCAUCCAUCGCGACAAGCCUCUGUGUCCCGACAAUGAGGAGUUUGUCGUGUUCGUGCGCAAGAAUUACAUCUUGAACCUUCGGUAUCACGUCCCAAAGAGCGUCCUGGACAAGCGCUGGCUGAGGCCUCCUGGCAUCCUGGAAAACGCAUCGGACCUGCUCAGGAAAAUGUGCGUGAGGAACCUGGUUCGGAAGUACUGCCGCGGGAUCACAGCCGAGAGGAAAGCGCUGAUGCAGCAGAAGGCGGUCGCCAGCGCAGUCUUCAGGGGAAAGAAGGAAGGCUAUGCGGAAAGUCUGAAUAAACCCUUUGCCAACAGUCGGAUAGACGAAGGAGACCUCAAUCCCAAAGUGCUCCAGCUCAUCGGCAGCGAGAAAAUCCAGUAUGGCAUCCCGGUCAUUAAAUACGACAGGAAAGGCUUCAAGGCGCGGCAGCGGCAGCUCAUCCUCACUCAGAAAGCCGCUUACGUGGUGGAACUGGCCAAAAUCAAGCAGAAAAUAGAGUACUCGGCACUCAGAGGCGUCUCUACCAGCAGCCUGAGCGAUGGGUUCUUAGUCAUUCACGUCUCGCCGGGAGCCAACAAGCACAAGGGGGACGCCAUCCUGCAGUGCGAGCACGUCUUUGAAGCGGUGACGAAACUCGUCAUGCUGGUUAAGAAGGAGAACCUCGUGCAUGUUGUUCAAGGAAGUUUACAGUUUUACAUCAGUCCUGGAAGAGAAGGCACCAUAGUUUUCGACACGGGACCAGAAGAACAAGUCUAUAAAGAUAAAAACGGACAGCUAACCGUGGUGUCUGUCCGCAUGAAGUCCUGA